CAUUCUAUACAUCUACCCUGUACUUUCAAUGCAUUUAAAUCCGUUAUGUUAAUGCAUACAAAUCAUACUUAACAAUUUCAUAUCCAUUUCACAACUUUUGAAGUCAAUGAAAAAGUAAUUUCUUUCCGUUUCUAAUAAGAAAAGGCGUAACAGAAAUCAUGUCAUCUCGAAUGGAUUUGAUGGAUUUAGCUCGCCAUUUAAGACAAGAAUCAUUGUUUGUGUCAUCAGAAAAGCAGAAUUUACAGCAUUUGAAUGAAAAGGUUUUCAAAGCUGCUGAGAAUUUAUAUCAUCUUUCAUGGAUUGCACGGCAGCAGCGAUUAUUAUUGAAUAAUCUUCUGCUAUCCCAUGCAGAUUCAAAUUUAUCAGCUUGUUGUCACAGAUCAAAUGUAGUUGAAGAUGCUAAUUUCAUCGAUUCCUACAAGCAGCUCGGAAUGAACGAUAUCGCUUAUUCGGAAUUCUUGCAACACAUGAGAGAAAAUCCUAAAAUUCUGGCGGCAUGCCUGAACUACGGAGAAAAAAUCGAUAUAAGCACCAUGCAGAAUGUUGUAAAUAUCAUAAUGUCUGCCAUUUAUGGGAAUUGUAUUUUGCCUGAAGACGAAAUUCAUGCGUUAGUUUUACUCAAAGAGCUUAUGUCAUUACAGCUUGCAGUGAGCGACAAUCCCCGGAGAUUGCUACGUCACGGCUCCUGUGCUUUCAGUAGGGUUUAUAAAAUAUUUAACGAGUGUCUCUUCAGUGCAAAAAUAUUCCUCACAGCUGCGCUUCAUGAACCUAUAAUGAACAUGUUGAUGGCUGAUGACUUAUUUUUGGAUAUUGACCCGAGCAAAGCUGCAAUAAGAUUCUUUCCUCAAGAAAGGGAGAGGCAUUUCGGCAAGGAAGGUACUCCCGAGUAUGCUGCUGCACUUCAGCGGCAUCGGAAUUGGAUUGUCAGCAGGCUGGUCCACAUAACAAAUCGCUUCAUCGAUGAAAUCCGCAAUAACUUAUACUGUUUUCCCCAAAGCUUAUCCUGGCUUGCUCGCCAAAUGUAUAACAUUGUAAUGAAAGCAAAGAGAGUUGAAGUGCGUGAAGUGGGAGCCAUGUGUGCUGAUCUUGUCUUUGCAUUCUUUAUCUGUCCUGCUAUUGUAGAUCCUGAAUCAUAUGGUAUUACUGAUACUCCAAUUAGUCAUAUUGCACGUUUUAACUUGAUGCAAGUUGCACAAAUUCUUCAAGUUCUUGCAAUGUCAAAGUGGGAAGAAAUUGAUCCAAAACUGAUGGAUUUAUAUGAAAAAUUUGAAAAAGAUUGUAUGUCAUCACUCUUGGAUUUAAUAUUAGAAGGAAGCACAAGUGAUUCCCCGUGUGAUCUUGUCACUCAGUUCCAGGAUCUUAGUAGAUCAGCUGUUCUUAUCACCGAAUCUGAGCUUAUGUCAUUGGUUUCAUUUUUGAGAUCAGUUGAAAGUGGCACUUCAGAUCCAGCUCUUAAAAAAACCCUGAGUUCCAUGGUGAACCAUCUGCCGGCAUCUAGCAUAAGUGUUCCAGUUUCUCUACAAAAUGGGAGCUUAGCAUCCAGCUCAACAAAUGACAAUCAACCACAAACUCCAACUACUAAAAGAAGCUUCCUUGGGAAAGUUAGCUUACACCGUAAAAGUUCAAAGUUGCCAGGUAGUAUGAUGUUGGGCUCAGAGAACCACAUUGACGAAACCAAUGGAGUGAAAGAAUCGGAUUUGUCAGCUGCUAAUAAGGAACAUCUUGAAGAUGUUCUAGUGGUCCCAAUCCUUGGCAUUGAUUUUGAUUGUCCUGGGAUGCUAAAUGAAGAAAAGGUUUUAGCUAUUGAAUCUCAAAAGAAAAAGCAAUCUCUUGAAAAUGGCAAUUUGCUUAUGGAAGAUGGGGAUGCUUUAAAUGUUGGGCCUGAGAUAAUUGAAAAAAGAACCAGAUUUUCACUCUCACAAGAUCAAGAAUCUGUUGGUGCAAGUGAUAAUCUUGAAGCAAUAUCCGAAGCUGCUUCUAAUCAUUCAGUUGCAUCAUCACUUGAUUUGGAGAAUGAAAAUGAAAAUGAUAAUCUUUCUGAUAUGGUUUCAGCAAAUGUAAGUGGUAGAGGAACUCCUAAUGUCAGUGGUCGUGACACACCCUCAUCUCAACUGGAAGAAGAAGAAAGAGAACAAAGACCUCUGGAUUUGAACUUGGCUCCUACUCGGAAACAAAAUCAAGAUGACAUAGAAGACAAAUUUGGAAAGUUUGAGAUUCAACCCAUGAUUGAAGGUGAUGAAACUAAAUCGAUGGUUAGUGAUACUUGGAGUACAGAUGUUCUUGCAAGUGAUUCAGAAACUGUUGAGCAAUCGGAUAUCUCUUCACAAGUCACUCUUGAAUCUCAUAGUUGUCUUGAUCGUGCAUUGUUGGAUACAUCUGAGACAGCAAGUCAGAGUGAUGCAUGGAGCACUGAUGUGCUGGCUUCAGAUACCGAAAGGCUGCAGGAUGUGGACACAGAUGAUACUGCCAGUGUAGCAAGGUCUGAUGAUGUGGCUAGGUCUGAAGGAGAUGGUGAACUUGCUCAGAACAUGGAUGUUACACGCAUGGAUAGGAAAGAUUUAAUGGAUGCAGAUACAAUGCGAAAUCCUUUCUUGAAUGAUCGUUUUGGUGCAGUGACUGAUAACCAGGGAUUUUUGUCCUCAUCGCAGCAAAAUUCAGCAUCUGAAAAUUAUUCUGGAACUCUUGCAAGUAGCUUAAAGCCUAAUUUCCAAUGUUUCUCAAGAUUUGGUGAAGAUGCUUCACUUUUUAUGGAUGGAGACGUGAAAAUAGGAGAUAAUGUUCAUAUGUAUGAUUCGGAAUCGAAUUGUUUCAAAGUCCCUGAUCUCCUGUGUAUGGAUAUGGAAAGUAAUAUAGAAGUUUUAAUUUAUUUUAUUUUUCCAGCCCCUGCUUUAAUUCCUAAUGAUUGUCAGUCUACACAGGAAGAAAGUCUCAGCAGUAUGCAGAGUUUAGGUCGUGUGAGCUUAGUAGUUCGAGAACUCCCAGAUGCUGAUCAAGAAUCAGGUGUAAUGCUUUUAGACUCAUUGCAAGAAACUGUAUCCAUGCAAAAUGCUCAACAGACUCAUCGUUCAAGCAUAGUCGACAUUCUUUCAUUAGAUUUGACUCGUACCUUAAACUUACCAACUGCUGUGACAUCAUCUUCAGGAGAUUCUGUCAGAACUUCUGAAUCUGGCAGCAGUCUUAAGGAUUUUGAAAUGGAAAUUCAUGUAGUAAAUUCUACUACAACAUCUAAUGACCAUUGUGAAACUUACAGUUCGAGGUUAAUGAAAGCUAAUUCUGUGCCUUUAAGUAUGGGAGCUGUGCCGAAAACUAUAAGCUUUCGUAAAAGUGCAGAAGACAUGGAUCAAGACAUGGAUGACAAAAACUCAAGUGAUAAGCACAGGAAAAGCCUAUUCAAACUCUCCGGGUUUAGGUUCACAUUUAAAAGCAGGAACCGGAAAUCUCACUUGUCCUAUAGAUCUGAUGGUGAUAAAGACAAUCUUCGUGAUUUGGAUGGGAGAACAGGAGGCAGACAAUCUCAAAGUUCCUUUGCUGAAAUGAGAGCAUUACAAUUAGAAGCUGGAGAUGAAAUCCUUGCCAAGUACCGUAAAAAGUCACCAGCUUUGAACACAAAUUCGGCUUUGAAAUCUUCGAAUUCAGAGCUAUCCGAGACUAUGAGCAAUGCUUCAGACAACGCUCUUGGGGAUGGAGGGCCUCACAAUUUUGAACCUGGCAGCAUAGAAUCCUCUGGAAUAUUUUACGAUGCUAAGCGCAAGUUGAGGCUCGUCUUAGGCUCAGCAGACCUGCAAACGUUGCCUUGGCUCAAUCACUCUCGUGGACGCUCUACAUCAGGUGCCUUACAAAGACUUCAAGAAAAUGAGUUGGUGGCCUUCCUCAAAGUUCUUCUUGCCGAAGCCAUUAAUUUGCAACAAAGGCCUUUGAUGGCACAUUUGCAUGAGGCUUUGAGAUGUGUUCGUCUCUUUGAUGAUGUUGGGUGCCAAAAAUUAUUUAAGUCACUAAGAGAUGAUUACAGAAAGAGAGCCCCAUACAUAGCAUAUCUUGUUAGGUGUCGUCAGGGUCUGUUGUCUACACUGUCACACUUGGAAACUUUGACUGAAAGAGUUGAAAGGGAUAAACAAGUUUGUAGUCAAUAUCUAGUAAUGACUUGUGCCAGAAUAUUCCUAGAAAAACAUGAUCGAAACUUGCAAUAUUUCGUGAAAAAAUUCCAAGAAUUAGUGGUUGCUGAUGAAAAGGCUUGUCUCGUUGAAAAGUUUUUGAAUGUAUUGUUUAACUACAUGCAGAAUGAUUCCAUGUGGCAAACUUCCUCGGAAAUCCAGUUGGACCAAGCCAAGGCAGUUGUUGAGCAUUCAGUCAUGAGUCAAAUUUACACAUCUGCUUUACAUCCAAAUGGUGACGGAGAUGUUUUAAGGGACAAGGUCCUGCAUGAACACAUGCAAAAAUUAUCACAAGACUUAUCUCCCAGUAAUAAAGAUCUGAGUAUACCUAAGGUGUACCAUUCUGAAUGUCCAUGGCCCUCUGCACAAGCUGAGCUUGUUAACAUAAAUGCUUAUAAAACCCCUAGAGACAAAGUACAAUGUGUUCUUAGAUGUUGCGGCACAAUCAUGAACCUGUUGAGCAUCGCCAGUGAUAAGUCAGUCCCAGCUGCUGAUGAUCUGAUGCCAGUGCUUGUGUUCGUGCUGAUAAAAGCCAAUCCUCCUCAUCUCUUAUCCACUGUACAGUAUGUAAAUACAUUCUUCGAGAAGCAGCUAGAAGGGGAGGAAGCCUACUGGUGGACGCAGUUUGCCUCGGCUGUGGAGUUUAUUAAGAAUAUGGAUUACUGAAAGAAUAUACAUAUUUAUAUAAGUGAUUUGGCUUACUUUUGUAAAACUAGAGUAAACAGUAUCUAUUAUAGAUAUAUCUAAUGCUUGAAAGUUUGUUUUUUAUUGAAAGAAUUUGAAAAUUGUGUGAUGAUAUGAUAGUGAAUUUAUGAUUCCAAAAAUUAUUCUCUCUUCCCCAAAAUAAGUGCCA